CCCUUUGAAAGACUCUCAGCUCCCUAGGACCCAAUUCACCAUCAACUCAACAAGAUUAUCAGCUGCAGGGAUCUUACUUAAUGGGCUUCAUGUUUCAAUGCCUCGGACUUGCACACACUUGAUCGAUUUUCCCGCUAGGAAUUCACUGGAGCAUUCGGUCACCCACAGAUUGGUCAUAAAGCGCGGGUCGUUAUCGCAUAAAUUCUUCAUCGCUGUCCAUACCCAUAAUCGACCUCUACCGGUGCCCCCGGGCAUUGACUCAAAUGGCUUUCAGCGUGGUCUUUCACCAUGAUACUACCGAUCCGCUGGCGGUUAUCAGCGCACCACCCCCGAACGAAUCUUCACACGAGCGAGCAGCAAGGGAAGAACGCGAGAUUGAGGCUCAAAGAAUAAGUAAUCUCAUUGACGACGAAAUCCGCGCUGAACGAGCGGUAAGAAAGAAAGAAGAGAAUAUAGUAAAGAUCCUACUGUUGGGUCAGAGUGAAAGUGGUAAAUCGACAACCUUGAAGAAUUUCCGCAUGCGGUUUGCCCGAGACAGAUGGAUAGAGGAGCGGGCGUCAUGGCGAGCGGUCAUAUUGUUAAAUCUCGUUCGGUCUGCAAACACCAUCCUUGAUGCGUUAUCACAAGAGAUGGAUAAUGCUGACCCAGACGAACUCAACGAUGCGUUCAAGUUCGACGAUUACUAUCGUCAAUAUAAAGUUCGCCUGAGUCCACUGCAGGCAGUCGAGAGUAAUUUGAAACGCUUACUCGGUGCCACCGAUGAUGUCCAACCACGAAAACAGAUUUCUCCAACAGUUGCACCUAGCGGGCCACCAGAAUUUUUUGUUCGUUCUCGGACCUGGCGUAACUUUCUUCAAACAACUCGAGGUUCCGACUCCGAGUUAUCGCAACAUUCCCUCCAGCAGGAUCUUCCUAUUUUACUCGACAGCACAGACGUGAUCGCAAAUGGCAAAGACGACAUCAAGGCACUAUGGAAGGACAGUGAUAUACAAGCCAUGCUAUGGAAACGGAAGACUCGGCUCGAAGACUCUGCCAGCUUCUUUUUGGACUCAAUCGACCGAUUAUCGGCACGGGAUUAUGAGCCAACAGAUGAAGAUGUCCUUCGUGCUCGAUUGCGCACGCUUGACAUCCAGGAACACGAACUGAUGGUUGACGACGAAACCGAUGUUCCGAAAUGGAAGAUUUUCGACGUUGGCGGCUCGCGUACACAACGUCACGCUUGGCUACCGUAUUUUGAUCAAGUCAAUGCAGUCAUAUUUCUCGCACCAAUCUCGUGUUUUGACGAGCGACUGCUCGAAGAUCCCCGUGUCAACCGUCUGGAGGAUUCUUUCAUACUCUGGAAAGCGAUAUGCUCCUCCAAGCUUCUCUCGCGGACGAUCCUCAUCCUUUUUCUAAACAAGAUGGACAUUCUCGAGGAGAAAAUCAGACACGGCGUAAUGGUGAAACGCUUUCUCCCCAGCUACGGCGAUCGGCCAAAUGUGACAAAUGAUGUUGUCAAAUACCUCCGACAAAAGUUCAAAGAUACGGUGAGGUACUGUUCUCCGGAGCCACGAGUAUGUCAUAUAUACCCGACGUCCGUCAUUGAUACGAAGAGUAUGUCUGUAACACUUAUAUCUGUGCGGGAUGGAAUCUUGCGCGGACACCUGAAGCGGGCGGAUUUGUUCUGAGCGUGGAGUGACAGUAAUAUUUAUAAUAACAGAUCACAUGCGAAACCUUGGCGAAAACCUGAUGAAGAUACGACAAUUGACGAUAUAGAUACAUCAUACGACAAAUGUAAUUAGUGCAC